AUGGAUAUACUUUUCGUUAUAGAAACUAUAUAUACCAUCAUGUCCACUAAAACCAUUAUUGAGGAACCUUCAAAAAAGAGAUUUAAAACCAAUAAGUCAGAGAUUAUAUUUAAGGAAAAAUAUAGAGAAGAAACUUCUAUUGAUGAUGACGGCGGUGAUCACCAACCAAUACAAAUUACAUUCAAUCAAAAACAUCAAUCUAUUUUACUGAUCACUCAUUUGAAAGAUCCAUUAAAAUUACAAACCAGAUAUCCUAUACCAGAUUUAAAACCAUAUGAAAUAUUAGUUCAUAAUAAAGCUAUUGGUUUAAAUCCUAUUGAUUGGAAAGGUAAGAAAUAUGGAUUUGGUAUAUAUCAUUUCCCAUGGAUAAAUGGAAGAGAAUCAAGUGGAGAUAUUGUUAAAUUAGGUAAUAAAGUUAAUCAAACAAAAUAUUCAAUUGGUGAUAAAGUUAUAAUCAGCUCAACAAGCUAUCGUGAUAAUAGAACUUCAACAUUUCAACAAUAUACAGCUAUUGAUUCAAGAUUAGUCUGGAAAUUACCUAAUAGUUUUAGUUAUGAAGAUGGUGCUACUAUUGGUGUUGGUUUAGUUACUGCUGGGAUUAUAUUCUAUAAUUCUUUUAAUUUUGAACUAUCAGAUAAACCUGAAACAACAAAAGGUACGAUAUUAAUUUGGGGUGGUGCUACUGUUGUUGGACUUUAUCUUUGUCAACUUGCAAAAAUUCAUGGAUUGAAAGUUAUCGCUAUUGCAAGUACUAAACACAAAGAUUAUCUUGAGAAAUUAGGUGUUGAUCAUUUAAUAGACCGUCAUUUAUCCGAAGAUGAAAUUAUCCAAAAAAUUGACAAAAUUGAAGAGAUUGAUCAUAUUGAUUAUGGUGUUGAUUGUGUUAGUAAAGAUACAUCUAAUGUGGUAUUAAGAAUACUUGAUCAUAAACUGAAAAAACCCCUGGAUGGUGAGUCUUCAACUAAACCUAAGUUUUCAGGAAUUGUAGGUGUACCAAAAGAUCAUCCAAAAACUGUUGAUGUUAGAGAGGUUGUUAUUAAACGCUUCCACGAAGAUGUUUCCUAUGGAGAGAAAUUCAUUGAAAUCACCAAUAAAUUCUUAGAAACAAGACAAAUUGAACCUGUACGAUACAAGCAGUAUAAAGGAGGGCUUCAUAUUAUAGACGAUGCUUUAAAAGAUUUGGAAAAGAUCGGAGCCAACGGUGAAAAAUAUGUUGUUAGUGUAUAA